UAAAGUACGGGAGAUGUUACAAGGGGGACCAGACUCAGCAUUCCAAUACAAACACUUAAAAGAUGUGUUUUGCUGUUGUAGCUAUUACUUGUACGUAGUUCUAGUAUUACUUAAAGCAAUUUUGUCUUCAAAAUAGAGAUUUUUGUAAUAGUCCGCAUGCUCAAGAUUUUUUCUUGUACCAAACUAGUCUGUGACUGAAAAGUUCCCAGACAUUGAGGACUUGGUGAUACCAAAAUAAUUCAGUGCUCAAUAACUGAUUUCUAAGGGUAGUUUAGCCUUCAGCCACAUCAUUCAUUCCCUUUUGUGUUCAGACUGUAACCACUGGUUGUUGCUCCACUGGCGUUUUAAUUGGCAUGUGACAUUAAUCUCAGUUACAUCUGAAAUUCUCAUUUCAUAAAUUCACCAGAAUAGUCUCUUUAAAAACCAUCUGAGGGUUUUUGUACACUGAUUCUAAAAAGCAGGCAUGCUAAAAGCAGACCUAUUAUUGCAUUCUCUCCAGAGGUCUUAAUGAAAUAGCUAUAAAAGAAACAGUUGGGACUUCAACAUGGCUUUCCAUGUGGAGGGGCUGGUGGCCAUAGUUGUCUUCUACCUGGCAAUCCUGGCAGUAGGGAUAUGGGCUGCUUGGAAAACCAAGAACACCGGCAGCGAAGGAGAUCGCAGCGAAGCCAUUAUCGUCGGUGGAAGAGAUAUUGGUUUGCUAGUUGGUGGAUUUACAAUGACAGCCACAUGGGUUGGAGGAGGUUACAUCAAUGGGACAGCAGAAGCUGUGUAUGUCCCAGACUAUGGUCUAGCUUGGGCUCAGGCUCCUAUUGGAUAUUCCCUUAGCCUGGUUUUAGGUGGCCUUUUUUUUGCAAAACCCAUGCGAUCCAAAGGCUAUGUGACAAUGUUGGACCCCUUUCAGCAGCUUUAUGGAAAAAGGAUGGGAGGGCUGCUGUUUAUUCCAGCUUUAAUGGGAGAAAUGUUUUGGGCUGCUGCCAUCUUCUCUGCCUUAGGUGCAACUAUAAGUGUGAUCAUUGACAUUAAUGUCAAUAUUUCAGUCAUUAUUUCUGCCCUGAUUGCCACUUUGUACACACUUGUGGGUGGAGUUUAUUCUGUGGCCUACACCGAUGUAGUUCAGCUCUUCUGCAUCUUCCUGGGACUGUGGAUCAGUGUCCCCUUUGCCAUGUCCCAUCCUGCAGUAACAGACAUUGGGCUCACGGCUGUGCACCACGUGUACCAAGCACCUUGGCUUGGAUCUAUCAACUCCCUUGACAUCUACACAUGGUUGGACAAUUUCUUUUUACUGACAUUAGGAGGAAUUCCAUGGCAAGCGUAUUUCCAGAGAGUUCUUUCCUCGUCUUCUGCCACAUACGCUCAAGUUCUGUCAUUCCUGGCUGCUUUUGGCUGUCUUGUGAUGGCUAUUCCUGCAGUGCUGAUUGGAGCAAUUGGAGCAUCUACAGCUUGGAACCAGACUGAAUAUGGUGUCCCUGACCCCAAGAGCAAAAAAGAAGCAGAUAUGAUUUUACCAAUCGUGCUGCAGUACCUUUGUCCAGUCUACAUCUCGUUCUUUGGCCUGGGUGCUGUGUCUGCUGCUGUGAUGUCCUCAGCUGACUCCUCAAUUUUAUCAGCAAGUUCUAUGUUUGCUCGGAACAUUUACCAGCUUGCCUUUCGGCAAAAUGCUUCAGACAGGGAAAUUGUGUGGGUCAUCAGAAUCACUGUUCUUCUGUUUGGAGCAUCAGCAACAGCGAUGGCACUGCUGGCUUCAUCGGUGUACGGCCUCUGGUACCUCAGCUCUGACCUCAUCUAUAUCAUCAUAUUCCCCCAGCUCCUGUGUGUGUUAUUUAUCAAAGGAACCAACACCUACGGUGCCAUUGCAGGAUACCUGUUUGGCCUUGUCCUCAGAAUAACGGGAGGAGAGCCAUACCUCUACCUUCAGCCCUUGAUCUUCUACCCUGGCUGGUAUCAAGAUGAUAACAACCUCUAUAUCCAGCGAUUCCCAUUUAAAACACUUGCUAUGCUCACCUCCUUCUUUACUAAUGUCAUAGUCUCCUACUUAGCCAAAUACUUAUUUGAAAGUGGGACUUUGCCACCAAAGCUGGACUUUCUUGAUGCUGUUGUUGCCAGAUACAGUAGAGAACACAUGGACAAAGCAACUCUUGUAAAAAGUGACAAUAUUGUAUUAAAUGAACUUGCACCUGUGAAUCCACGACACAGUCUAACUUUGAGCUCAACUUUCACCAACAAGGAAGCCUUCAACUACGUUGAUUCAAGCCCAGAACUGUCCAACACUGAAGAUAAUUAAAAAAUCUCAUAGCCACAGGCAAAAAAAUGAGAAGCAGGAUAUUCUACAAAGAAGUAUUUUAUCAGAAGGAAAGCAAGAAUUGGGAAUAAAAUGCCGCUGCACAUUCUUUAAAUUGUUUGUAGGAGCAGGAGCAUCUCAUGGGAGGAACUCUUUUCUGCUGUUAUCUAAUAUGUUGGAUUAGAUCACAGAGUGUUUACUAAAGUAUACGUUCAAUCCCAUUCCUUCCAUCCAGAGAUAUAUACUGUACCAUUAAAAAAUAUUUAAAAUCUAAAAUAUAUGUAGAAGAAAAUGUGCAACAGUUCUUAGCUAGGAUAUCAUAGGAAGAGUUUAUAAUACAGUAAGUCUGAAAUAUUAUCACUCAGCAUUUUAUUGGCAUUAAGUGAAAAUAUAUUGCCACAGCUAUAAGUGAUUUAUUACUAAAGAGCUAGUUGCUUGAGCAAAGACAGAUAGAUAAAUUCCCUGGGGUAAUUUUUUUCCUCAUAAAGAAAUUUAAAUAAUACAAUCUAGUAAUUUAUUAUUUGUAUGAGACAGCAAAAUGCACAAAUAGUAAUAAAUUCCUUUUAGGAGUGCUAAACAUGAUAUAUUAAUUUUUAAAAGUUAAAAUUAAAUCACCAGUUUAAAAUUAUGUUAUAGCUGAUAUAAGGCAACCUUAAGCAAAAUAUGUUAAUCUGGGUGUUCUCUUUCUUUUUCUUUGGUUAGUGACUGCCCCAAAAUUCUUAGAGCAAUAACUGGAAUUGAAAUUCAGCUUGUGAAAAAUGGCUCCUAUAGAAAAACUCAAACUAAAUAGAAUUUUUCAGUGUUGGUUGAAGAAGACUUAUCUUGACUUAUCAUCAAAAU